UGACAUCCACGCCUUUGUAACAGUUUAUCAACAACAUUAAUAUACUCAAAAAAUAUCCGCAGGGUCCUAUAUCUCUCGCAUUGACUCCAAUCCCAGCGCGCGCAACACACAAACGGCCCACCCAUCAACGCGCUUUACAUUAAACAUCCGUCUCUCAGCUCGCAGUCCAGCACUGUAGUAGUCAUGGUCUCAUCCGAACCACUACUCAGCGAUCUCUGCACCAUCUGCCACACCAGCAUCCCCAAAUACACCUGUCCGCGCUGCGCCACCCGCACGUGCUCGCUGCCCUGCUGCAAGAAACACAAGCAGCGCGCCACGUGCUCCGGCGUGCGCGACCCAACCGCUUUUGUACCGCGCAGCAAGAUCGCCACGCCGGCGGGCGUGGACCACGACUACAACUUCCUGUCCGGAAUCGAGAGGGGUGUUGGGCGGAUGGAGGAUGAUGUGGACCGGAGACGGGAGGAGAGGGCGAAGGCGAGUAGUGGAGUACCGAAUGCGAAGGCGCGAGGAGAGAGGUUUGUGGAGAGGAUAGCGGAGACGCGCGUGGUGGUGCAUAAGGCGCCUGUGGGCAUGGCGAGGCAGCGGGCGAAUCGGACGCGGUGGGUGAAGAAGGAUAGAGUGUUCAUCUGGACGGUGGAGUGGGUGCAUGAUGAUGCUUCGAAAUCGCUGGAUCAUGACGUGCGUGACACGAGACCGCUGGCAGAGGCGUAUUUCCAGCACUUUCGCGAGCUGCGGAACAAGCGUGCACGCGGGGAGGAUGGCGCACCGCCGCAGCCGGAGAGUCGAAAGCGGCGGAGGAAGGUCUUCGCACAGGUAGACGGAGCAGCAGAUGAAUCAAGCCUGUGUGCUGAAAAUAGACAUGAAGACCAGCCGCAGCCGCACGACGCGCAGGACUCGACGGCAAUCUCAGACUCGCCAUCUACAGACACCAACGGCUCGAAUACCACCACAUCGCAAGCACAAACACGAACGCCAUCAUCUGCGCCCCAGAAAAAACCCGUCUCGACUGACAAACACCACCACUUCUACCUGCACCGGCCGCACACCUUUGGCACCGACACCAUCCUGAUCCCCCUCGACCGCACAUCAACCCUCCACACCCUCCUCGCGUCCCGUACCAUUCUCGAGUAUCCAACCAUCUACGCACUGCUACAGCCACCAGACGCGCUUCCCAGCGGAUACGUGCUGGAAAGCGACUAUUUGCAGCAGCUGGAAAAGGUGCGGCGCGAGGCAGAUGAGAUGUUUGCGGGGGCAGAGGAUAGGGGCGCUCAAGUAGAUGGGAGCGUGCGUGAGGCGGAGGAGGUGGUGGAUGAGAGAAGGCUGUUGGAUGUGUUAAGGAGGGAUGUUGGGGGUGCAGCGGCCUGAGGAGCGUGGAUUUUGUAUAGUUCAUGUAUUAGCUAGCUAGCUAGAGCUUGGUUAUCGUUUUUAUAAUCUGGGUUAUACUCUAUAAUUUUUAGGACUUGGAUGUGGGUCUUAUUUAUAGAUUGAGGUAUACAUUAUAGUGCUUGGUGC